AUGGACGUGGAUAAUGUACAGACAGUCAGAGAUACAUUAGUCAACACAUUAACAAAACAAUUGAGUGAAUUCGACUUAUUAAAAUCUAUGUAUCCUAGUCAUGGUGAAAUUAUAUUAAGUGAUUGUAAUGUUGUUGAAGAUAUAAAAAGCUUUGUGGAUAAUAAAUCCUUUUCUGUACCCAAUCAUCUUGACUUUGUUUUGAAUCUAAAUCUUGAUGGAUUGAAGUUAGAAGUCAAUGUUAAUUUACCAAGUCUUUACCCUGAUAAACAACCAGAUGUGUAUGUAAGGUGUAAUCAAUUAAAUAGGAAACAAGAAACUUGUCUAAAUUCAGACUUAUCACAGUAUAUAAAGAAUGUUCACCAGAAUGAAGUAUGUUUAUAUACAGUAAUAUCAUGGUUGCAGGAAAAUUUUGAUUCAUAUAAAACUAAAACAGAAGAUGGUCCACAAGCACAAUCCACGCUAGAAAAACAAACAGAAAUUACUUUUGUCAGGCUAUGGAUUUUCUCACAUCACAUUUAUAAUAAAUACAAAAGGGAGCAGAUUGUUAAAAGAUCUAGAGAUUUAAAAUUAACUGGAUUUUGUCUUCCUGGAAAACCUGGCAUAAUAUGCAUUGAAGGUACUAAUGAAGAUUGUUUGGAAUGGUGGAAAGACAUUAAAACAAUGAAUUGGAAAAAAAUAUCAAUAAGGAAAAUGGAAACGUUAGACAUAAAUGUAAGAUCAAAACAGCAAAAAUUCAAAGACUUUCAAGAAAUUUCAUUUAAUAAUAGUAAAAGUGGGCUUUCAUCAUUUAUUGAUGAACAUAAUCUUAGUCUAGAGUUCAGUGAAUUUUUAGGACUAAAGUGUUAG